CUCAGGGUUUGUACCUUCAAUACUCUAGCCAAGAAUACAGAGCUAGGAGGGACAUUUGAAGAGCUCUGUUUCCUUUCUUUGGGCUCCCUUGUCCUAGGUAUCACACAUUCCUGCCACAUCACUGGUUAACUUGAAGACAGCAAUUCUGAUCCCCUUCCAUUUACAGAAUGUGAUGAUGUAAGAUUCCAAGUGGUAGUUUCUACAUAUUUGAUGCCAGCAUGGCAUUGUUCAACAAGUCUGCCAAUCACCAAAUAAGAGGUUUCGCCUUGGCCACCAUUGCAUGGAUAAUGUGCAGCGCAUCUAUGGGCCUUCCAGAAUGGCGAAUUUGGUAUUUGGAAGAACCCAAGGUUUCCUCCCCAAGCGUGGCUUUUAUAGGUAUUUGGAGAGCCUGUAUUUGCAACCACAUUGACAACUCCAUCCGCCAGAGAGUUUGCCAUCACUACAGCUAUCGUAAUGCCCUUGUUCCUUUGGAUAUCCGGUUAGCUCAACAUCUGCUCCUGAUUGCAAACAUUAUUGGUCUGGUUGGGACAAUUCGUGCUGUCUUUGCUCUACAGAAGUUAUACAUGGAGAAGCUGCAGAAGAAUGACGACAACAAUCCCUUUGUUCUUUCAGCUGUCCUCAAUGCUGUUGCUAGCACCUUUAUUUUUCUUGCUAUUAUGUGUAAUUACUUCUCUGUGCCAAACAAGGAAGUGGUAUGUUUCCUGCCUUCUUUCCAAAUGCCGCUUUUUCCAUAUGCUCAAAGAGUGGGAAGUGCCAUGGGAGUGGCAAGUGUAUCUGCCAUACUGUUUUUGUUAAGUGCUAUAAUUUUUAUUUCUUACUGUCCUUCAAUGGAAAAUGAAAAUCUUCCCCUUGUUUGAAAAUAAAUUUACAGCAUGCAUAAUCCUGAAAA